AUGGAUCUCGUGCUGAACGUUGCCGACCACUAUGUCCUCACCCCCUACGUGUUCCCGUCGUCAUGGCCCGAGGACACAGCAUUGCGCCAGAUCAUUAGCCUGUUGGUAGUCACCAACCUGGGGAUCGCGGUCCUCUACCUGGGCCUUGGCUGGCUGAGCUACCAAUUCAUCUUUGACCACAACCUCAUGAAACAUCCACAGUUUCUAAAGGUAUGUCCUUCUUUAUUAAUACUUGUAGCCUGGUCCCAGAUCUUGUUUAAUGUCGCAAUACCUGUAGGACUUUGCAAGAGAGCACAAACUGAUCUGAGACCAGGCUACAAUAGUUGUAUGAAGUUGGCCUGCGACAAUUUAUGAAGAGCGCCAAGGAAGGUUUAUUGCCAUACUGUAAGGUUACUACUUGAGAGUUGGCAUUUGCUUUUUGUUUACUAUUCUUUCUUCCCAACUGUUUUCUUGAUGAAAAUUGAUCUUAGAUCAUUGUUGGUCCUCAGAACCAAGUGUGGCGGGAGAUCAAACACGCCAUGACCUCGCUACCCAUAAUCAGUAUCCCCACUGUGGCAAUAUUUUUCCUUGAGGUCAAAGGAUACAGCAAGCUCUAUGACAAUGUUGAAGAAUCUCCCAUGGGUAAGACAAUGCUGCGUUCACUGAUGCUCAUACGCUCUGUAAUGUUUGUCAAACGGUAUUGUCAUUUUGAUACUAAUGGUGGUUUGUUUUGUCAGGAUGGCCCUUUGUGCUUUUCAGCAUGAUUUCCUUUGUGUUAUUCACGGACGGGUGCAUCUAUUGGAUUCAUCGGUUUCUUCACCACAGGUGUAUUUACAAGGUGGGCAUUACAAAGUCUUGUUACCAAUGGGAAAGUGUGGUACUGGGUAGGUCCUUUCACUGUCAAUUGGUCAUGGAUUGUUGCUGUAGAUAGGAUGUUGGAGAUGCACAGUAUUACAAAUCAGUCCACAAUGACAGACAAAUACUGUAUAUUAAGUCAACUAAUUAUCUUACUGAGAUUAAGGCAGUUGACAUUGUCUUAAAGCUGAUUAACAAUUUAACCAUUUUCCCUUCCACUUCUUGGCAUACAUGUUGUUACUAAGUUAUUGUGUAUGUAAUGUACAGAGGUAGAACAAAGCCAGUGCUAUAUCUUCAGUACAGUGUGUGUUAUCGUCUGCUGGUACUAUCCUCAAUGGCGGGCACACUUGAAUGUGAUCAAACAGAUCCAUAUACAGGUUUUAUGUUUUGUAUGUUAUCUAUUCCUCAGCAAAUAUUUGUUAAAUACAGUUCCUUUUUUGAAUCCCUUCACUUGAACGGACCAUCUCUUUGACAUGUUCCCUCCCCUCAGUACUUCCACAAGAAGCAUCAUGUGCUGAAGAUCCCCACGCCGUUCGCCAGCCACGCCUUCCACCCACUGGAUGGCUUCCUGUCGAGCCUGCCCUACCACGUCUACCCCUUCCUCUUCCCCCUGCACAAGGUGCUCUACCUGGCCCUCUACAUCUUCGUCAACAUCUGGACCGUGUCCAUCCACGACGGCAACUACCGCAUGCCCGGCCCACUGCAGGAGGUGCUCAACGGGGCGGCCCACCACACGGACCACCACCUCUUCUUCAACGUCAACUACGGCCAGUACUUCACCUUGUGGGACCACAUUGGUGGGUCUUACCGCAACCCCUCGGUUCUCGAAGGGAAGGGCCCCCUCGACUGCAUUCGUAGACUGACAGCCGAGGGGAAGAUUAGCUCUAAUGGGGCUAAUGCCAAUGGGCACACGAAUGGGCAUGAUAACAGAAGCGGUACAAAGAGCAAGGAGGAGUAG